UUGUUAAGUUUGUAGCAGCUAUUAAUCAGUGGAAUAUACAAAAGGCAUGACUGAGACAGAUAAAUAAAAUAGGCAUACUAGAGACCAAAACUGUUGAAUCUAUUGGUUGUUCAAACCAAGAAAGCGGAAAAAACUUCCACCGCCGGACAAAACAGUCGCGAUAAAAGAAUCAGUAACUCCGGCCCGGCCUUUCCGGCGCCGGAGGUCCUCCUCUUCCCCUUACCUCUUCUUUUCCUUUUGCUCUCUCCCUCGAAGUCUUUUCCUAGCCGAUAUGUGUGCGACUCUGGUUUUGUCGGGUCAAGUCGGAGUUCCUCUUUGGGUGGACGACGACGUAAGGCUCUGGCUAUCCUUGGAGUAGCGGCGAGGCUUAUCGAACGGUAGAAGGGGAGGGAGUCGGUUUUUAGGGUUUCGGUUUGCCAGAUCUGGUUUUCCAAUACGGCGAUUCCGUCUCGGUCUUGGCGCGUGGCCUUGGCAAGUCGCCUCCUCUGCCUCAGCUCUCUCGUCUCCCGAUGCGGUGAGCAAAACAGAGGAGAGGAUCGACGAUUUGUGUACAGAGGUCAUAUGUGGGUGAAGAUUCAAGGUGUUGCGGUUAUCCGGAGAAGAGUAUGGAGAUUUAAAUCUCGGGUCGUGUUCAGAAGGUGGGAAAAAAAAUUUUGAGCUUGCUCAAAUCAAAACGUCUGAUCAAAAGAGAAAGCACUGUGGUGGCUCAAGUCUUCGGUGGAGGUAGAAACAUCUUUUGGUUUUCAGAGGAGGUGUGUGUUUGGAUAGAAAGGAGAUAGAUGUAUAUCGGAGCGAUUGCUUCAUUGUCGGUCGAUUGUCGCCAUCUUGAUCGUGAUUGUCUUGGAUUUGGAGUGGUUAUUAUCCAGCUACCGGCUGUGUGAAUAAGACGUCUCCGGCAAACCUUUAUAGGCUUCGCUGUGGAGUGAUGGUGCGUAUGAGGCGCGGGGAGAGCACACUCAAGGUCCAAUGGAGAGACUUAGUUGGAGUUGAAGGGUGUUUACAGCGACGGUUAAAGAUUCUAACCUCUCUCGAUUCAGUUAUAUUUGUUUGGUGUUUGUUCGUGUGCGUCUAGUCUAUAUUGCUGCUCCUCUCAUUUUGUCUUAAUUGUUGAUGAGUUCUAUUUCGGUAAGCUCGUCUUUGAGCGCAAGGUGGAGCACUCCUAUCCUGAAGUUCUGUUUUACCUUCCUGUCUCUCGACAUCUUUUUUCUUCGUGUUUUUGUUAGUUUUUAUGGGUUUGUUUUGUAUCCAUCUUUUGGCUCCGGGUGGUACAUGUUACCGCGCCGGCUUAUGGCUCUGGAAGGAAUGUAUUCCUUGCCGGCUCUGGUUUGUAAGAAUUGUGGUUUUGGUGUUUAAUAUAAUCUACAGAUGAAAAAAAAAAAAAAAAAAAGACCAAAACUGUUGUUAUAUAUGGCUAAAGUAGUGAGUCAUGGAUAGGAAAAAAAUAAAAUAAAUGAUUAAAUAAUAUCGUUUGGGGGUAGAUUAAGAGUAGAUUAAAGAGAAAGGGUACAGUUAAGAGGGUGUAAUUGCAAAAAUGUUCUUUUGAUUGGCACGAGAGGUUGGUGGGUUCCUACUUUGCAGUUUGUUUUCUUUAAUUGAGAGGGAGGAAGGGGCACUUUCUCGUUUCGAUUCUUCUUUGACUGACUGGAAGAGUCGCGGAAAAUCUGUUUAAAACGGAAACUCAUCAGAGAGAGAGAGAGAGAGAGAGAGAGGCACUUACUUCGAUCAGUCGCUCAACUCUGGAUUUCCCUCGAACUCCGUUACACCCAUGAUCCGGUGGUUCCUCCUAGUCGCAAAGUUUUGAUUCGAAAUGGAUUUUUCGCGUCCGAGUUUGGUUCGUGGAGGUAUGAGUUACCGCUUGCCUUCUCGGUUCAGAAGUCCCACCCAUGCUGGAAUCAUCUUCCCCAGAUUUUGGGAUUAUUCUAAUCCACUGAGGAGGAAUGUCUUACCAAGUGCUACUUUGACUUUGAAUACUCCUCCUUCAAGAGUUUUUAGUUCAAAGCCAACACUAGUCUCCUUUGGAUUUAGGUCACAUUCUCUAGCUGAUGCUCGCAAUGUUGAAACUAAUGUUCACGAUGAAGAAAACGAAUCUGACAGUCUGGAGGAACUCAGAGAGUUACUUCACAAGGCUACCGAAGAAUUGGAAGUUGCCAGGCUCAAUAGUACCAUGUUCGACGAUAAGGCUCAGAGGAUUUCUGAAACUGCCAUCGCUCUCAAGGAUCAAGCCGCUAGUGUUUGGCUUCAGGUUAACAAUACUCUUGAUCUCAUCCGAGACACUGUUGAUGAGGAAUCUCUUGCUAAAGAAGCUGUUCAUAAGGCUACUAUGGCCUUAUCUCUCGCUGAAGCAAGGCUUCGUGUUGUAGAGGAAUCUCUUGAAAGUAAUGGUAUUCUAGAACCCUCUCCAGAGCCUGAAAUAACAGAUCUUCUUAAAGACAAGGAGGAAGCCCUUUUAGCUGCCAAGGAUGACAUCAAAGAAUGCCAACUCAACUUAGCAAGUUGUGAAGCUCAACUGAGGGCUUUGCAGAGCAAAAAAGAAGAGCUGCAGAAGGAAGUCGACAAGUUGAAUGACUUCGCUGAGACCAUACAGAUCAAUGCCUUGAAAGCAGAAGAGGACGUUGCUAAUAUCAUGAAAUUGGCUGAACAAGCUGUCGCUUUUGAGCUUGAGGCUACUCAACGUGUUAAUGAUGCAGAGAUUGCUUUGCAGAGAGCUGAGAAGUCCAUCUCCCAGAAACCAGAAGAAGCUCAAGGACAACUCUCCGAUGAAGAAACUCCCCUCCAGGAUGAGGUGGUACUCUCAAGUAAUAUCCAAAGUGGCAGCCAUGAGGCUGAAAGAGAUUCACAAAUACAUGAAGAUCUCUCAGCGGUACAGAACACAGCUGAUCAUUUGCCUGAUAAUGUUGGUCAGAAGGCUCAAAAGCUAACGCAGUCUUAUGAUUCAAACGGUCAUGAGAAUGGAAAGCCAAGUGUAGAGUCUUCCGAAGUGUUGGCAUCAGAUUCUGAAAAGUCAAAGAUUCCAAAGAAGCAAGAAACACAGAAAGAUCUCCCAAAAGAGGGUUCUUCUCUUAAUGCAUCCAAGGCAUCGUUUAAUAAAUCCUCUCGUUUCUUUUCUGCAUCUUUCUUCUCUUCCAAUUCAGAUGGGAAAACGACUGUAUUUGCGAGUCUGGUUGAUUCUGUCAAACAACAAUGGCCCAAGCUAGUUCUUGGGGUUGCACUUCUCGGAGCAGGACUGACAUUAUACUCCAAUGGAGUAGGCGGGAACAAUCAGCUGCUUCAACAGCCAGAUGUUAUCAGCACUAGUACUGAAGAUGUCUCUUCCAACAAGAAACCAUUGAUCCGGCAAGUGCAGAAACUUCCCAAGAGAAUUAAGAAAUUGCUUGAAAUGAUCCCUCACCAGGAGGUCAAUGAGGAAGAAGCUUCGCUUCUUGAUUUUUUGUUCUUACUGCUGGCAAGCGUCAUAUUUGUGCCUCUAUUUCAGAAAAUUCCUGGAGGCAGUCCUGUUCUUGGGUAUUUGGCAGCUGGAAUUCUGAUUGGUCCUUAUGGUCUUUCGAUAAUCCGUAAUGUGCAUGCAACCAAAGCCAUUGCAGAAUUUGGAGUUGUUUUCUUGCUUUUCAACAUUGGCCUUGAGCUAUCUGUUGAAAGACUGAGUUCCAUGAAGAAAUAUGUUUUUGGAUUAGGCUCCGCUCAGGUUCUGGUGACAGCAGCAGUAGUUGGAUUGAUUGCCCAUUAUGUUGCUGGUCAGGCUGGUCCAGCGGCAAUAGUUAUCGGAAACGGCCUGGCACUGUCCUCCACUGCUGUUGUCCUUCAGGUUCUACAAGAACGGGGUGAGAGCACAUCUAGACAUGGACGGGCUACAUUUUCCGUCUUGCUUUUCCAGGAUCUAGCUGUAGUUGUUUUACUGAUUCUCAUCCCACUUAUUUCACCUAAUUCAUCUAAAGGAGGGAUUGGGUUUCAAGCCAUUGCUGAAGCGCUUGGGCUUGCUGCAGUCAAAGCUGCAGUUGCUAUUACUGCCAUAAUUGCUGGUGGCCGUCUUUUUCUUCGACCAAUCUACAAGCAAGUUGCAGAAAAUCGAAACGCCGAGAUAUUCUCUGCUAAUACACUUCUUGUUAUUCUUGGGACUAGUUUACUGACAGCUAGGGCUGGACUUUCCAUGGCAUUAGGAGCGUUUUUGGCUGGUUUACUCCUUGCGGAGACAGAAUUUUCCUUGCAAGUAGAGUCAGAUAUUGCUCCUUAUCGUGGUCUCCUGCUGGGGCUCUUCUUCAUGACUGUUGGUAUGUCUAUAGAUCCGAAACUUCUUCUUUCUAAUUUCCCUGUCGUAUUGGGGACUUUGGGGGUCCUGAUAGUGGGCAAGACUAUAUUAGUCGUGAUCAUGGGCAAAUUGUUCGGAAUUUCAAUCAUAUCUGCAAUUAGAGCCGGACUUCUUCUUGCCCCAGGCGGAGAGUUUGCAUUUGUUGCUUUUGGAGAAGCUGUCAAUCAGGGUAUAAUGUCUCCUCAGUUGUCUUCGUUACUGUUUCUUGUGGUGGGAAUCUCAAUGGCUAUCACGCCUUGGUUAGCUGCUGGUGGCCAGUUAAUUGCAUCCCGGUUUGAGUUGCAUGAUGUUCGAAGUUUAUUGCCGGUUGAAAGUGAGACGGAUGAUUUGCAAGACCACAUAAUUAUUUGCGGAUUUGGACGAGUUGGUCAGAUAAUUGCUCAGCUUCUUUCAGAAAGACUUAUCCCAUUCGUUGCCCUAGAUGUUAGCAGUGAUAGAGUGACUAUCGCCCGUUCCAUGGAUCUUCCUGUUUAUUUUGGAGAUGCUGGUAGUAGAGAGGUUCUCCACAAAAUUGGAGCUGAGAGAGCAUGUGCUGCUGUGGUUGCUUUAGACGCACCAGGAACAAAUUACAGAUGUGUGUGGGCUCUGAGCAAGUACUACCCCAACGUGAAGACAUUUGUUCGUGCACACGAUGUUGUUCAUGGUCUUAAUCUUGAAAAAGCUGGUGCUACUGCAGUUGUACCAGAGACUCUGGAGCCAAGUCUACAGUUGGCAGCUGCUGUUCUUGCUCAGGCCAAACUACCGACAUCAGAAAUAGCAAACACGAUCAACGAGUUCAGAACCCGUCACCUGUCUGAACUAACGGAGCUAAGUGAAGCAAGCGGAAGCUCUCUGGGGUACGGCUUUUCGAGGACGACGAGUAAGCCAAAAGCUCAAGAGUCGGAUGCAUCUGAGGAGAACCAGAUCAUGGAAGGAGGUGGUACACUCGCGGUCUGAGGGGCCGUUUCUUCAUUCUAGCAGGAACAAGGAGCUUAGGCAUUCUUGUGGUGGCCAUUUCUUUUGCCUGGUAGUUUCUUACUUUGAUAGGAAAAAAAUGAAACAGUCUCCUUUUGAACAGAUUAGUUUAUGUAAUUAAAGAGUAAAUAUUACUCGAUCCAGCUCAUUUGGGAGUUUUAAGUCUCUGUUCUCAGAACAACAAAA